AUGCGAAAAUUUGGUGGUGUAGAGCAUCUCGGUUUCUGCGACCGGCUCGACGAUGAAAAACAGUGCGGCGGGGGCGACAAUGUCAUCAGUGAUCCUAACAUGACCGCCAGAAAGAACCGCCUUGUGCGCCGCGUCGACCUUUACGUCCUCCCUGUUCUGGCCAUCAUCUUUGCUUGUUCCAUUAUAGAUCGUAUCAAUAUCGGCUCAGCCAGGGUUUUGGGCAUGCAAGAGGACCUUCAGUUGACUGGAAACCGCUAUAAUGUCAUCCUCCAGACCCUUUUCCCGGCUUACUUGCUCGCGGAGCUGCCUUCGAACUACAUCCUGGUUAAGGUCAGCCCCCGGCUCUGGUUGCCCUUCCUCAUUGUCGCGUGGGGUGCGGUACUCACCGGCAUGGGUUUUACGACCGACUGGAGGGUCGUUGCCUUCCUUCGCUUCUUACUGGGUGCCUUCGAAGGUGGCGUCCUGCCAGGAAUGGUAUACAUAAUCAGCUGCUGGUACUGCCGUUACGAGGUGCAUCGACGUCUGAGCUGGGCAUAUUCAGUUGGAGUCCUCGCAUCCGCGUUUGCAGGUGUGCUUGCGUACGCGCUUGGACUCAUGGGCGGUCUCCGCGACAUGAAAGGAUGGAGGUGGAUCUUCGCGCUCGAGGGCGCCGCGACCAUGGUGUUAGGAAUCGUGGCUUGGUUUACUGUACCGGAGUUCCCCGAGAAUUCAAAGGUUCUCAAAUCCGAGGACCAAGAGGUGUACACGGCCCGGCUGCAGCGUGAUCGUGGCGAUGCGAACGUGGAGAAGAUCACCUUGGCAACUCUCAAACAGGUGCUCGGCGACUGGACGAGCUGGUUCCAAUUCUUGCUCUUCACGUUCAACAAUGCGUCGACAUACAGCCUUGCAUUUUUUGUGCCCACAAUCCUUACGGGAAUGGGCUACACCGGACUCACUGCAAGUCUAUACUCGGCGUGGCCCUACCUAGCGACCAUGGGCGCAAUGUGGAUCUUUGCCUACGUUAGCGACAAGACCAAGAUGCGGACGCCGGUCAUUUGCGCGCAGAGCCUUUUGUUGCUGAUCGGUCUCCUCCUUAUCCGACCCAAUUAUUCCAACCACGUCCGGUUCUUUGGUAUAUUUUUGGCCACCAUCGGCUGUCAGUGCAACGUCCCGGCGCAGAUAUCUCUCGCACAGUCCAACGCGUCGGGAUCCGCUAAGCGAUCGAUCAUGGCCGUCGUCGUGGUCUGGGGAGGUCCCGUUGGUGGUAUAGUGGGUAGCAACAUCUUCCGCCAGCAGGAUGCUCCUACAUAUGUCCCUGGUUUGUAUACAACGGUUGCCAUGGCUGUGGUGAUCAUUGCUGGCAACGUUCUUCUCGCGUUCGUGUACCGCAGGAGAAACCAAGUCGCUGAACAGAGCAACACUCUCGUGGACGGUGUCCCAGGGUUUAAGCACUCGUUGUGA